AUGUCUUCAACAACAGAUAGACUAACAGCACUCCCAUCCUUGGUCCUAACAGAGAUUUUUGUUCAACUCGAAACCGAGCACAGUAUCAGAGGUUUAAUCAGGGCACACCCUUCUAUGAUCUGGCUUUACCAUCGGUACGAGCGAGGCAUCUUGGAGAGAAUCUUAACCAAUCUACUUGCCGACGAUGUAGAAGGACUUAUCCGAAAAGACGCCUUGGCCAUCAUGGAAUUCAAUACCGCAGAAGGACACUCCUACUCGCAAUAUCGUGGCCGUGAUUUCGAAAUUCAGCAUUUUCAGUGGCCAGAAUGGGCAGAUUCUCCCACCCUCGGAGACCUUCGACAACUCCAUCGACUUCUCAGUCGUGUCAUCAUAUUCGUCGAAGACUACAUCUCAAAAGCAACCAGCGACUAUCCACCUCGGGCUUAUCUAGGCCUUCCAGACCUUCUGACCGGUAAGCCCAGCUUUAUGGGUAGCUUACUGGAUACUAGGAUGGUUGCAUUCACCAAUUUGACACGCCCUGAGCGUUACCGCCUGCUGCGCCACUUUGUUAAAUACGAGUUUCUCUGCAAUCUUUACAAAACCCGCAAAAACAGAGACAAUUUCCGUCACCAAUUUCACGGCUUCAUUGCUUUUGGAACACCCCAUGCUCCAGAUCCAAAAUUACUGUUAUCUGUACAUGAAUACUAUGCGAGCUUGUAUGGUGCAGUAUCCGCACAUUGUACAGAUGCAUGGCUACCCAGUGUGCCAAGCUCCUUGACACUUGAGGGAGUUAUGAAUCUUUCUGCAUCGGAUUGCCGCCCUUUGGUCUAUCCUGACAAUCUAUUCUUCGAUCAUAAUGAGUAUAUGUCAGAUUUAGGCUACAGAGAUCUUGGAUUAGCUGAAGAACUGGCCGGCCUUGGCCUGGACCUACUCACAUCUGUUCUUAGCCGCUUGAGAAUGGACAAAGGAAAGGGGAAAACGUACGUCAAGUUCUGGCUGCAGAAACUUCACAACCCCUCGCUUGAGUUUGAUCCUUGGAUACGACGUCACUAUGUGGUGCGUUACGACGAGGAGGCCUUUGCCUAUACAGAGCUGUUAAUACCUGCACGCGUCUCAUGUCCUGCCCUUUUCCCCCCUGAGCCUUUAGCAUCCUGCCUUCCAGCCUUGAACAACCAACUGUUACUGGGGAGUGAUAUAGAUGAAACAUAUGGCGCUUGGGUCAUACAUGAAAGCCAAGUACUCAUGUACAGACAACGAGCAUGGGGAUUUUUCGACGACCAAAGGCUUUAUUCCAAUACAGUCUCUCACUUUCCAGACCUUUUCGAACUUUACAUGGCAAUAUCUCCCUUAGUGGAUGUUUUUAUUCGGUUAGAUGCCAAGUUUGGUGGGGAUGUAGGGUUACAGCAUGAACACCGCCAACUGCGAGAACAACGCCGACGAAGAUCACAGCUUUGGCAGGAUUACUGGGCGCGGAGACGUGCUGAUGAACCCUUCCUUGAUGACGACGAACGGUAUGACAAUAUGAAGGAGUUCAGAUUCUUCACUGGUGGUCCAGCACCUCAGCAACUACCUACUACCUGGACAGCUUAUGACGAUUAA